GGGCACACUUCAAGCUGUCUCUACUCGCUCAACGACAGACGACGUUUGACAUCGUGCUGGUUUUAUUUUGUCAUCAAUCAGAGCUGCAGCUGUCCAGAGGAGCUCAACAGAGAACUUCUGGAAGCCAAAAGCCCACAGCUGCCCCUGAUGAAGAUGAGACUGCAUGUGCUUUUGCCUGUGCUGCUCCAUUGUACCACAUGUGUCUUUGUCUUCCCGUUGUCUUCUGUCACCCAAGAUGAGCCAGAAGAUUCAAAGCUUCUGCAGGUGACCAUUCCCAGCGACUCACCUGUUUAUGUUGUGUUGGGUGGCUUUCUCACGUUACCCUGCCUGGUGUCUUUGGCCCACCCGCCACCAUCUCCGUCCACCAAUGGCCGCCACGUGGUGCUGUCCUUGCCUCGUGUCAAAUGGAGCGUACUGACUGAUGGACAUGAAACUGAAAUCCUGGUCGCUCGUGGUGACAGAGUGCGACUCAGUGAGGCCUACAAAGACAGAGCCUCACUACUUAAUUACGCCUCCUCUCCUGCUGACCUCACCCUGCGGCUGGAGAGCCUGAGGCAAAAUGACACUGGCUUCUACCGAUGUGAGGUGCAACAAGGCCUGGAGGAUGCAUAUGAUGUAACGCAAGUGAAGGUCAAAGGGGUGGUGUUCCACUACCGGGAUGCAUCCAGCAGGUAUGCCUUUACCUUUGAGCAGGCCAGAAAAGCCUGUAAUGACAUCGGAGCUCAAAUUGCAACUCCAGAGCAGCUUUUGGCCGCUUAUCACAGUGGGUACGAGCAGUGUGAUGCGGGAUGGCUGUCAGACCAGUCAGUGAGGUAUCCCAUUCAGAUGCCAAGAGAGGGCUGUUUUGGGGACAUGGAUGGUCUGCCAGGAGUGAGGAACUAUGGACAGUUAGAGCCUGAUGAGCUGUACGACGUCUACUGCUAUGUGGAGAAUCAUGAUGGGGAUGUGUUCCAUGCAACCGCGCCUCAACGGUUCACCUUAUGGGAAGCUAAGGCCUACUGUGUGAGUCACGGGGCAGAGCUGGCCACCACAGCUCAACUCUACGUAGCCUGGAAUGACGGACUGAACCACUGCAGCCCCGGAUGGUUAGCAGACGGGAGUGUGCGAUACUCUAUUGUCACCCCUAGAGAGCGCUGUGGUGGUGGUGAACCUGGGGUCAGAACUGUCUAUCGAUACUUCAACCAGACUGGCUUCCCUGAGGCUCACACUCGGCAUGAUGUUUACUGCUUUAGAAGCAAUAAUGGCCCAUACACAGAAUCUCCCCAGGAUUCCCUUGCCACUGAGCCAGAGGACAUUGGCCAGGACAUUGUUUUGUCAUCUAAUCCUGGAAAAGAGAUCAGCUUGACUGAGGCCACAGUAGUAGAGGGCAUUGAAGCCAAGCAUGCCCAGGCAACUGGUAAUCUUCCGUUAGGUAACAAGUUAAAGCAAGACCCUGUGGAGGGUAAUGACAAGGCCAAUGACAAGGAACUAGAAUCUGCAAACAUUCAUGAGUCUGUCACACUUCCUUCUCAACCACAAGAGUAUGCAUUCACCAAAAAUUCCUGGGAGUUAAUAGCAAACACCAGCCACCCCGAGUCCUUUCAGACAGAGGUUGUUACACCUCAUGAACAAUUUCAUGUACCGUCAACAUCUUCAACAGAGACUGAUGAUGUAUUAACUGUUGGUGAAGACUCUACCUUAUCCACAAGUGAUGGGAAAUCAGGCAAAGAACUCUCAGAGCAUCACAUUUCUGACAAUGACAAAGAAACUGAAAUCCAAAAUACCACAGAUGUUCAUGAAUCAUCUGGAACUGUUGCAAAUGAGCCUUUCAGUCACAUUCCAGAGGUGCAUCAGGACAAUGCUUCCCUCAGUUCACAAGAUGACCACACGCCUGAUGUCAUCUUGGAACAGGCCACAGAUAUUGAAGUGGUCUACACAAACACCUCUUAUGAUGUUUCAGGACAGCCACAGAACACAAGCACUAGUAGUGUUGAGAUGUCAGUGGUAGCCACUUCAGUCUACAGUGAGGAUGUAGACAUUUACUCCACCGUGUCAUUGCCAUACACUGACAACAGUACACAUGAGAAACACCCAUCUGACAACUCUGCAAGACAGACUACAAUUCCUCAUACAGAUGAACAAACAGAUGAGGAACUACACCCAGUGACUACAAGUUUGCCUGAUGUGGCCACAGAUACUACCUCUGCCCUGGUGCCUACUGCUAAGUCAAGUUAUGAUCCCAUUCAGCACUCAGGCAUAACAGUUGAGCCUUACAUCCCAUUCGACCACAGUAAUGAGAAGUCUUCUGUAGAAGCUACACAAGAUUGUUAUACUGACCAAAGUAGACAUAGUGUUAUCCAGCCAGUAGAGGUCAUGACAAUCACAGAUGGCUCAGGCUCCAUUGUAGAUGCUCUUGAUGUAAAUAAUGAUCCAGUUAUUUUGUUGACAUCUCCUGUGUCAGUAACCCUGUCUCCCACUCCUGUGGAGGUAGAAGCUAGCAGUGAACCACUUGGGGCUGAAUCUCUGCAACACAUCCAGGAUCAACUUGAACAAGGAUUAGGUGCAAGUCCAGCGGUAUUCCUUGGCUCAGAGCAAAAUCUCACAGACACAACCUACGGCAUGGACCAUGGCAAUCCAGAAGGAAGUGGGCAUGAUGUGAUAGAGGAACAUUCUGUUUCUGAGGGGGGAUCUGGCAUAGAUAUUACAGUGCUGCAUCAUGGAACCCACACACCAGAGUCCAAUCCUGGGUCUCUGUCCAUUGAGCCACAGGAGUCCCAUUCUGAUCUGGAACAUAUGCCUUGUGUCACUGAGGAUCCCUUGGAGGCCAUCACCAACAACGUUAAUGUUGUCUCAGCAGAGCACAGACGAAAUGGAGAUGAGAGCGAGACGUUGAGUCCAGCUGUCACCACAGACAGCAUUGAUGUGGCCAUUACAUCUCACACCCCAGAUUAUUUCAAAGAAGUCAUGGCGGCCUCAUUACCAGCUGUCAAAGUUUCUUCAGUAGAACAUGGAGCCAUUUCAGACUUGUGCCUGGAGACCUCGUGCUUUAAUGGGGGUACUUGUAUUGAAAGUGGAUCAACACGGUGCCUGUGCCUGCCCGGGUAUGGAGGAGAUUUCUGCCAAACAGAUCUGGAGUUGUGUGAGCCAGGAUGGGACAAGUUUCAGAGCUUCUGUUACCGUCGCUUCACCAAGCGGCAGAAUUGGGAGGCAGCUGAGCAGCACUGUCGCAUGUGCGGUGGACAUUUGCUUUCUGUAAUGACCCCCGAAGAGCAGGAUUACAUCAAUGACAAAUACAAAGAAUACCAGUGGAUUGGCCUUAAUGACAGGACCAUUGAAGGAGACUUCCGAUGGUCAGAUGGAAACCCCCUGCUGUACGAGAACUGGUUCAGAGGCCAGCCUGACAGCUACUUCCUGUCCGGGGAAGACUGUGCGGUGAUGGUGUGGCACGACGGAGGCCACUGGAGUGACGUACCAUGCAACUACCAUCUGUCCUAUACCUGCAAGAAGGGCAUCUCAUCCUGUGGUGAGCCCCCCAGAGUUCUACAUGCAAAGGUGUUUGGCAAGAAGCGGGUACAUUAUGAGACCAACACAAAGGCGCGGUACCACUGUGACCACGGUUUUGUGCAGAAACUCAACCCUGUCAUUAAGUGCCUCCCCAGCGGCCAGUGGGAGGAGCCUCUGAUUAUGUGCAUCCCAGCUUAAGUCCACUGGAAGGAGAUAACAUCCGUGACCUCACAUCAUGACCAGCACUAGGAGAACGUGGACACAGUGUCAAAGAAAGCCUCUGCACAGUUCUUGGACAUUAAGUUUUGAGUCUGAAGUCAUCCUGUCUUUUUUGUUUAACAGUAUUCCUCCUGUUUGACUACUUUUCUCAUGUCCUUCACACUUCUAUUAAUUUGUACUGUAUCAGACUCCUAUUAAUUUGUACUGUAUCAGACUCAUGUUCCGUGUUACAGCCAUCUUGUGUCUGAAGUUGUUAAUCUGUUACUGGUGAUGUUUAAUAGUGAAGAAGCACUUGUGGAAGCUUUAUGGAAUUUGUUAAUUUAGUCAAAUUAAAAAUUUAAACUUUAAGCAAGA